AUGGCUCUCAUCGGCAUCUCGCUGAUAGUCGCAUCCGUCGUGUUCUUCUGCCUACGUCCCCCGGCCUGGCUGCCGCUCCCAAACCUCCUCUUCAGCUCGCGCCAUCACAGAGCGAGAAUUGACAACCCACAAAACUCAACCGAGCAACCACUACAACCAACCCGCGACGCGCGACUCCGCGACGGCGACGGUCACAGUGACGGUGAUAGCGACGGCGAUGGCCAGGCUACCCCCAGGGCCGCCGCAUGCACUACAAAUCCCGCCCAUGCCAUCCCCAGCUUUUCGCUGUCCGAACCUCUGCCCUCGCCGUCGCCUUCGCCGUCGCCCUCGACCUCACAACCCACCAGGCCGGCCAUCCCCCCGCCAAGCGACUCUGGCCAGAUACCUCGCUCUCCUCUUCCUCUGCAGCCCACGCAAGCAAUCAGAGCGCCAACUGCGUCUGACCUCAUGCCACCGCCUCCGCCUCCGCCACCUUCAUCGUCAGGCAGCCUCUCUCCAGCCGUCAUGGCCCCUCCUCCGAAGCCCGCGAUAAAUGCACGCCGCAUUCCAACCCUCGCGCCGGUCUCCAGCAACAGCUCAUCCCUCCGCCCCCCACAAGCGCCCUCGCCGAACCGCUCCCUCCCCGUCCCCAGCCGUGCUCCCGGCACAUCUACCCUCGCGCCGCCACCCACCCACUCCUCCGUUCCGACCAAGCCCUCCAAGCAGGUAAAGCUGACGCCAGGCCACUCCCCGAUGGACUGGGCCCGCCUGGCCCAAUCCCCGACAUCCGAUCUGCGCGGCCUGCCUCCCUCUACCCCGUACCUCCGAGUCACGCCCUCACAGCUCCGCCAGAUGACCGGCCGCAAGGGCAAGGAUGCCUGGUCUGUCUUCUCUGGAAAGGUCUACAACAUAUCCCCCUACAUCGGCUUUCACCCCGGUGGCGAGGCCGAGCUGCUCCGUGGCGCAGGCCGCGACGGCACCCGCAUGUUUGCCGAGGUCCACCCCUGGGUCAACUACGAGACCAUGCUGAGCGCCUGCUUGAUAGGCAUAUUGGUGGACGAGCAUGAAGUUGAACACCAUGUAGGAAAGGCAAUGGAGGAGAUGGACUAA